UCAGAAGUAUCUUAUGCUACUUAGAUUUGUAGCAAAAGAAAAAUCUCUUACAAGGUCUCUUUCCCAGUAACAUUAAUAUCUUGUAAUGGCUUUACAGGCUGCUGCUCUGAUCCCCUCUGCAUAUCCAAUUCACAAAGAGGGAAAAUCCGGUGCAUGUUUGAAGGAUUCCAGUCUUUUUGGAGUUUCACUCUCAGACCAUGUUAAGGCUGACUUUACUUCUGCUGCAUUGAAAUCCAAGAGAGAAUUUGGCUCGAGGAAGUUACCGGCCGUUAGAGUAGAGGCGGUGGCAACGUCUCCAACUUUCACUCCGGCCACGGUCCAAGGGAAGAAAACUUUGAGGAAAGGCAGUGUGAUCAUCACCGGAGCCUCCUCCGGCUUAGGCCUGGCGACGGCUAAAGCCUUGGCGGAGAGCGGGAAAUGGCAUGUAAUUAUGGCCUGCAGGGACUUCCUCAAGGCUGAGAGAGCAGCAAAAUCUGUUGGGAUGGCCAAGGAAAAUUAUACCAUCAUGCAUUUGGACCUUGCUUCACUUGAUAGUGUGAGGCAGUUUGUCGAUAACUUCAAGCGAUCUGGCCGACCCCUCGACGUCUUGGUUUGUAAUGCAGCAGUCUACCAACCGACUGCCAGGGAACCUUCGUAUACAGCUGAUGGGUUUGAGCUUAGUGUUGGGACUAACCAUCUUGGCCACUUCCUUCUUUCAAGAUUGCUGCUUGAUGACUUGAAGCAGUCUGAUUACCCGUCGAAGAGGCUCAUAAUCGUCGGCUCAAUCACAGGGAAUACAAAUACCUUGGCUGGAAAUGUACCUCCAAAGGCAAAUCUUGGGGACUUGAGGGGACUCCAAGGAGGACUGAAUGGGCUGAACAGCUCUUCCAUGAUAGACGGCGCAGACUUUGAUGGUGCCAAGGCAUACAAGGAUAGCAAGGUCUGCAACAUGCUGACCAUGCAAGAAUUUCACCGACGUUACCAUGAGGAUACUGGCAUCACAUUUGCUUCCUUAUACCCCGGCUGCAUAGCCACGACCGGGUUGUUCAGGGAGCACAUUCCACUUUUCCGGCUGCUUUUCCCUCCAUUCCAAAAGUUCAUCACAAAGGGCUUUGUUUCAGAGGAAGAGGCUGGAAAAAGACUUGCACAGGUUGUGAGUGACCCAAGCUUGACAAAGUCAGGUGUGUACUGGAGCUGGAACAAGGACUCAGCUUCAUUUGAGAACCAGUUGUCUGAGGAAGCCAGUGAUGCCGAUAAAGCACGUAAAGUGUGGGAAAUUAGUGAGAAGCUCGUUGGUUUGCGUGACUAAGCUAAGGAUUUUUGGAUUGAGGAAAUCUUUUGGUGCUAAACAUCGGUGAAGAAACAAAAUUUCUGUAAAAUUCUUGUUAGAAUCAUAAUAAAUCACUCGAUCCAACUUUGCGUUAAAUGGA